CUUAAAUAACAUAUUUAAUAUGGAAAAAAACUACCUUGCUAUCAAUGCUUUGCACAACCAAAUGCAUAUCAAUGCAUGGAGUUCAUUUACAUAAGCCAAGACUACGUAACAUUCCAAGAACUGCCUUUUCUCUGAUUGCAGCAGGUGUCUUUUUCCAGUUAUUUCCAUAUAGUCAGUAACUGGUAGGUAAAUCACAGAAAAUUGACAGAAGCAUGUCAAAACAUCGCCUGGAGAAGGAAGACGAAGACAGCAAAGAACAGGGGACCAAAAUAGGAAGUGGCACAUCAGUGGUGUUUUCACAAAGGGUGAAAACUUGGAAAGAUGGAAGAUAUUUUAAAUUUAAUUCAUCCAGGCCAUACAGACACUUUCCCACUAUUUUUUUUUUUAAAAAAAGCCCAGAUUAUGACGAGGAAGCCACAUUUAGGAAUUAUUUAGGAAUAUAGGAGGGUUUAUACUUAUAUGCAGUCAAAAUUCAAUGAAUAAUUAUGCAUAGGGAUUACAGAUAUCAUAUAAUAACAGGGAUUUUGAUAUGUAUGAAUAUUUUGUCUGUGGGAACAAUUAGUUCAUGGAAAGCCAAAGCAACUAUCACUUCUUGUAUGGGAAUUCCACUUGAUUUUGACUACAAACACCAUCAGUGGAUUUUAUUAUAUUUUAAAAUGCAUAUUGAAGCCCCCAUCCCCAAUUCCAGUAGAUUGUUUCAAUUCCAGUGAAUUGAAGCAGAUAUUGUUUAAAUGCCUUGUAAAUAUAACAUUUGGAAAAGCAAAGCAUGGAAAAGAUGGAGGCUUGCCUAUAAUGUUCUUCUGAAUGGGAUGGCAUCUUAAGAUGUUGUCAGGUAUAUGAUAGUUAUUAGCAACCCCUUGAUUCCUGUGUAUCUAGAUAAGCAAGUGUUUUGAUCCAAAUGACAAUCCAACAAUGCCAUAAAUUUUGAUGCUUGCUACACAAGGAUGUUCCUUUAUCUAUAUAGUUGUUCCUUUAUCUAUAUAGUUAAAUUUGCCGCAAUGCAAUUUUUAGGAUUACAGCACUAUAAACAUUUUAUACUGUACUAUCCAAUACAAUGAAAUGUCUUUACCUCUUCUGUUACAUGUGAUUAACAGUUUUUUCCCUGACAUUAUUAGCUGAAAGAUUUUUCUUUCAAUGAUGGAUUUAUUUCCAGGAUCUGAAAACUAUUACCAUUUACUCUGUGCAUUAUCUAAAUACCUUGUUUACUUUUGUGUAUUUUAAAACUUGGUUGUCUUUUAAAAGAGGCAAAAAUUGAUUCUUCUAAGAAAAGUAUUAGCUUUUGGUCCACAGCUUUUUGAGUGAGAGAUCUGAUUGUCUAUAUAUUCAUAACUAUAUUCUUAUGCCAUAUUUUAACUCCAAGAUUAUUAGUAAAUUUUGAGGUUAUAGAACUAGUGACCCAAUCAAACAUUUACAGACUUCGGCCUUUGAGUUAAUUAAAUGUGGGUUAAUAAUGUAUUAUAAGGAAAUUAUUGUUAUUACUGUUAUUAGGUAGUUACUCAAAUUAUAGCUUCAAAGGAAUGCAGAGCAUAGAGAAACUCAGGAUUAAAUUAUGCAUUUGAACUAUAGGCCAGCUUUUACUGUUCAGACAGUUCGCUACUAAGAGAAAUUGUGUGUCAUUGAAAUUAAAUGCUUUUCUGGGGAUAGAAGGCUCCAGUUUUUUAAUGAAAUUACUGAGUGUGGAAUAGUGAAAUGAUUAAAAUCUGUAUUCCGGGAAUGUGGCAGCACACACACAAAAAAUCAAUAAAUGCUAGCACAAUUUUGCUGCUGAAAGUGAAUACUAGGAAUGAAACAAACUACCACCAAUUGCACAAUUAAAAUUGUAGGUCAUUAACUGAGAUUUUGUCAUCAACUUGCUAAGACAUUAUUUCUACAUUUUUUUUUCUUUUGGAAUACAUUUUCCUGUGUAAUGAGGAGCUUUUCAGAUAGCCUUGUUAGAUGGGCAGGAUAUUUAGCCCUUCCCCCAGUGGCUCUUGCAUUGCAAUCAUUGUGCUUGCACUUAUUAUGUUACAAAUGACCGAGGUAAGGCUGACAUUCUCAUUGCAUGCAAAAAGACCUAGCCUGCCAAGAGUUGUUUUUUUUUUUCCUCUCCUAAUGAAGCAGCUUUGUGAAAUCUCUCCAUGCGCUAAUACUAAUGAAGAUCCUCCAGUACAAUUAAAAUCACAGCCAGGGUCUGAAGAGGAAACCCAGGACAAUGGUAUCUACAUAUGCAUAUAAUUUUGAUGUUGCAACCAGCUUUUGUUCAGAACUGAUGUUAAAAAAUCUGCAGAUUUUAGAGGGCUUUACUCACAAUGCAAAGAAUUGUUAGCAAUUUGCAUGCUCCAAUUUCAGAUUGCCAAACCCAAUAAUAUCUUCUUGCACUUUGCUAUUUCUUGUCAAAAUCUCUUCUCCAUUGUAGGUUUUAAGGUUAUAUGUUUUAUAGUUCACAGGAAGCAAUGGUUGGCUUGCAGUGUACUUUAACCCCGACUUAGCACAACUUUAAUCCAAUGCCAGGAGACGUUUUAGAAACUACUGAAUCAGAAAACUGAUUAAUUUUUUUAGAACUCUUUUGCAUUUCUCUCUUUUUUUCUGGAAAAGAUGUAAUUAUCUGUGUCUACAAUAACUACCAAGCCCCCAUAUAUUAGACUAUGUUUAUACAUAGCAAAAAGGCCAAGAGCUGAUAGCUUGGAUACUGAAAACACAUUUGGCUGUCUUGCUGCGGUCUUAAUGAGGAUGCAAAAUACUACUUAAAACAAUUAUUGGGAUAUCUUUUGAUAUUCUUCCGUUUAAAGGAGACGGCUAUUGGCCGAGGGAAGAUAGCAUUUAUCUGCUGGGGGGCCGAUAUAAGGAUGGCCAGCUCGCCGGCUCUCCCUUUUCUCUUACUUGGAGUGUGCCUGCAUCGCUGGGUAGCCUGCACACUCCUACUCAGGAAGGAAUCGGAGCUGCUUCUUUCCGUGCCAAUCGUUUACACACACACACACACACCCCCGCCAAUGUACAGCGCCCUAAAAAUGUUAGUGACGAUUUCCCGGCGUUUUGCCCAGGAUGCGUUCACUUCGGGACCCCGCCUGAGGGACCAACGUCUGGCCAGCCCCUUCCUUAUGGGGCGAGCGAGCGGUACCUCUUCCCCAAAACAAAGCGGCUCAACUUUCUUCCAACUUGAGAGGGUGCUCCUUGAGGGGUCCGAAACGCGAGCAAAGCAAGAGGGUGAACUUUGAGAAGGAACGGCGCCCUUGGUCUCCUGGCCUGCUGCUGCUGCUGUUGCGGCUUCCCUGGCCUGAUAGGUCCUGUAUUGCUGAAGCUGAAAUGAGAUAAACAAUUCUCUUUCUUUCUCUUUCUCUCUCCACCCCCCCCCCCGGUCUCUUUAACAGCAACUUUCAUUGUUAGAAAGAGAGGAGCGAGUUGGUUGACGUCACUUUGGGUCGGUGAAGCCUUUGCCUGGAAGUGAAGCUGAAUAAACCUUGAGGAGAGGAGAAUCGGCUUCAAGCUGCUGCCGCUGGAACGAACUAAAGCAGAGACGGAGCGGGAACGAGGCGGGUUAUCUAUCAUGAAUCCUUCUAGUUAGAUUCACCCCCUCCUUUUCUCUCUCUCUUCCACACACACACCCCGGCCCGGUCUUUCUUCACUCCCUUCUCCAGCCUGUUUGGAGGAAGGCUGCGUUCCCAGCAUCCAGAUCACACAACCGGAGCGGUGCGCGCGUGGAAGGGAGCGGGGAAAGCCGUCGCUUCGCGUCUCAUUUGCAAAGCUUGCAAAACAGUGAUGCCGCAGAACUGACCACAUUGAUUGCAAUAUGGAGUCUGGAGAACGGUUAACAUCAACAGCAGCCUCCUCCACUGCAGCUUCAUCUCCUGCCUUGUCCUCAGCAUCUAUUGUUUCAGCAAUUUCCAAAGGUGGCCUUUCCACUGGAGCCACGUCACUUAGCUCCACAAUCAACGCCUGUGGACAUUUAUUCAGAACAGCUGGGGAUCAACCGUGUAACCUGUCCACAGUGUCGAGUGCCUUUCCAAUGGUCAGCCACCCAGUCUUUGGUCUACAUACAGCCAGCUCAGGGCAUACAGAAUUUGGUGGCUUGGGGUCACUUGGUACACCCAUAGCCUUAGCAGCGCACCCCCAGCUAACAACUUUUCCAGAAUGGUGGCGGAAUGCAGAUGUGCACUCCCGUACUGGCACUACAUUUUUCCCACCGCUACUUGGAAUCUCUCCUCUGUUUGCCCCUCCCGCCCAAAAUCAUGACUCUACUGCAUUCCAUUCAAGGACCCCAGGAAAAAGUGCACGAGGAAGUUUGGAGAAAGGUGUUAAUGGAUCUGUAAAUGGAAAUAGUACCACUUCAGUAUCAGGCAUCAACACCUCUGUGUUAUCCACCACCACUGCAAGUUCUGCAGGACAGGCAAAAGUUAUAAUCUCAGUAGGAGGAAGCCGCAAAUGUAACCAGGAACAAAAUAAAAACCAGGGUCUGGAUGCAAGAGCUGCCAAGAUUAAAGACAAGAAACCCAGAAAGAAAGCAGUGGAUAGUUCCAGCAACAGUGAAAGUGAUUCUGGCUCCUCCUCAGACACCUCUAGUGAAGGCAUCAGUAGCAGCGACUCAGAUGACUUGGAAGAAGAGGAAGAGGAAGAAGAGGAGGAAGAAGAAGAUGAUCAAAGCAUUGAAGAAAGUGAAGAUGAUGAUUCAGAUUCUGAGAAUGAAGCACAGCCGAAAAAUAAGAACAAGGUGCUAAUGCAUAGUGGACCAGACAUGAAAGGAGAUGGACAGAAAUCCCAGGAAAUGCCCCAGGAAAAGAGACCACACCAGCCAAUACCUCUUGCGUCUGAUAGCCAGACUCACUCAUCAUUCCAGGCCCAGCAGAAGCAGCCUCAGGUUUUGUCACAGCAACUUCCCUUUAUUUUCCAAAGCUCUCAGGCAAAGGUGGAAUCUGUGAACAAACACACAAGUGUAAUACAGUCUACUGGAUUGGUGCCCAAUGUGAACCCUUUGUCUUUGGUAAAUCAAGCCAAAAAGGAAACUUUCUUAAAACUUAUAGUUCCUUCUCCUGAUCUACUCAAGACAGGGAAUAAAAAUACCUCUGAAGAAGCUAGCGCAUUGACCAUUGAUGUCAGAUCAAACCGGAAAGUGAACAUAAGGAAAAGAAAUGAGGAAGCUGCUUUCAACACAAUGAAAAGAACUGAACACAGUUACAAAGUGCCACACAAGGGUCUGAAGUGUAAAGAACAGUACAAACAAACAUUCCCAGCACAAUUCAAGAAACAGCACGAGUCAUCCAAGAACCUGAAGAAGGUUAUCACAGCAUUAUCAAGUCCAAAGCCAACCAGUUCAUCACCAGCUCAUCAAAAACACACCUCUUUAGAAAACAACCAUUCGAAUCCUUUCUUGACCAAUGCACUUUUAGGUAAUCAUCAACCUAAUGGAGUAAUUCAGAGCGUCAUUCAAGAGGCUCCUCUAGCACUUACCACCAAAUCCAAAUCUCAACCCAAGGUCAACGAAAACAUAUCUACUUCCAGCAAUGUAACCUUUUCCUCACCGGUCAAUUUAACCACAUGUGGGAAAAAGACACCAAGCAACCGGACACCUAUUAUGUCUUCUACCUCUCCUGUAUUACCUGGCCCAGCAAAGGAAAAGGCAGUCAGCAAUAAUACAGUAACAGCAGUAAAAACACAACAUAGUCAUUCUUCUGCAAAAUCAUUAGUUGAACAAUUCAGAGGAACAGAUUCAGAUGUUCUAAGCAGUAAAGAUUCUGAAGAUUCAAAUGAUGACGACGAAGAUGACGAGGAUGAUGAUGAUGAUGAAGACGAGGAUGAUGAAGAUGAAGAUUCUGAUGAUAGUCAAUCAGAAUCUGAUAGUAAUUCAGAAGGGUCUGACACUGAAGGGUCUGAUGAGGAGGAGGAAGAAGAUGAUAAAGAUCCAGAUGAGUCAGAAUCUGAUACCGAGGGAGAAAAAUCUACAAUUAAAUUGAACAAAACCCCUUCUUCCACUAAAAGCUCUUCUAGUAGUCUUGCCACUUGUUCGACACCACUUAAUCUCCAAGUAGCAAAGACUCCCAGUUCUGCUCCAGCUGCGUUAUGCCCUGAGUCCCCAUCACCGGUAUUUGUAGGAACACCAUCAUCUGGACUUGCUUCAGGCACUCAUUGUGGUUCUUCAAAAAGGCGACGAGUCACAGAUGAAAGAGAAUUGCGCAUUCCUCUGGAAUAUGGAUGGCAAAGGGAAACAAGAAUAAGGAAUAUUGGUGGCCGCCUUCAGGGAGAAGUAGCAUAUUAUGCACCAUGUGGAAAGAAGUUAAGGCAGUACCCAGAAGUUGUAAAGUAUCUCAGCAGAAAUGGAAUAAUGGAUAUCUCAAGGGACAAUUUCAGCUUCAGUGCAAAAAUAGGAGUGGGUGACUUCUAUGAAGCCAGAGAUGGAUUGCAGGGGAUGCAGUGGUGUCUGCUGAAAGGAGAGGAAGUCCUUCCCCGCAUCAGAGCAAUGGAAGGUCGUAGGGGCCGGCCACCAAAUCCUGACAGACAGCGUAGUAAGGAGGAAUCAAAAAUGAGACGUCGCAAAGGUCGGCCGCCAAAUGUUGGUAGCACUGAAUUCCUUGACAAUACAGAUGCUAAACUCUUAAGAAAGUUACAAGCCCAAGAAAUUGCUAGACAAGCAGCACAAAUCAAGCUUUUGAGAAAAAUUCAGAAGCAAGAGCAGGCCCGAGCUGCUAAGGAAGCAAAAAAACAGCAAGCUAUAAUGGCUGCAGAAGAGAAAAGGAAGCAAAAAGAGCAGAUAAAAAUAAUGAAACAGCAGGAAAAAAUUAAGAGAAUACAGCAAAUCCGAAUGGAAAAAGAACUCCGAGCUCAGCAAAUAUUAGAGGCUAAAAAGAAAAAGAAGGAAGAAGCAGCAAAUGCCAAAUUAUUGGAAGCCGAGAAACGAAUAAAGGAAAAGGAAAUGAGGAGACAGCAAGCUGUUCUUCUGAAACAUCAGGAGUUGGAGAGGCAUAGACUAGAUAUGGUAUGGGAACGGGAAAGAAGAAGGCAGCAUAUGAUGCUGAUGAAAGCUAUGGAAGCACGUAAAAAAGCAGAAGAGAAAGAGCGGUUAAAACAAGAAAAACGUGAUGAAAAGAGAUUAAACAAACAACGAAAACUGGAACAGCGAAGAUUAGAAUUAGAAAUAGCUAAGGAGCUAAAGAAGCCUAAUGAAGAUAUGUGCUUAGCAGACCAGAAGCCCUUGCCAGAGUUGCCUCGCAUUCCAGGCCUGGUUCUCUCAGGAAGUACAUUUUCAGAUUGUCUCAUGGUGGUACAAUUCCUCAGCAACUUCGGCAAAGUUCUUGGCUUUGAUGUGAAUCUGGAUGUCCCAAGUUUAAAUGUUCUGCAAGAGGGAUUGUUGAACAUAGGAGACAGCAUGGGAGAAAUACAAGAUCUGCUAGUGAGGUUGCUCUCGGCUGCAAUUUGUGAUCCAGGACUAAUAACAGGAUACAAGGCCAAAACAAUUCUUGGGGAUCAUUUGUUGAAUGUGGGCAUCAACAGAGACAAUGUGUCUGAAAUCCUGCAGAUAUUUAUGGAAGGUCACUGUGGGCAAACUGAACUCACUGAGAGUUUGAAAACCAAAGCUUUUCAGGCGCAUACACCAGCUCAGAAAGCAUCUGUGCUUGCUUUCCUUGUUAAUGAAUUAGCCUGUAGCAAAAGUGUUAUAAGUGAAAUAGAAAAGAAUAUAGAUUAUAUGUCCAAUUUAAGAAGAGAUAAGUGGAUGGUUGAAGGCAAACUUCGGAAGCUUAGAAUCAUUCAUGCUAAGAAAACAGGCAAGCGAGAUGUCACAGGAGGAGGUGAUAUAGGGGAAGAACCCCAUUCACUAGGUACUCCCACACCAGGCCGAAAGAGGAGACGGAAGGGAGGGGAGAGUGAUUAUGAUGAUGACGACGAUGAUUAUAGCGAUGAUCAAGCAGAUGAAGAUGAGGAAGAAGAUGAUGACAAAGAUGAUAAAAAGGGAAAGAAAGAUAUUUGUGAAGAUGAAGAUGAUGGGGAUCAGACGGCAAGUGUUGAGGAACUAGAGAAACAGAUUGACAAACUUACUAAGCAACAAAACCAGUACAGAAGAAAGCUAUUUGAAGCUUCUCACUCUUUACGUUCAAUGAUGUUUGGCCAGGAUCGUUACAGACGUCGAUACUGGAUUUUGCCCCAGUGUGGGGGUAUUUUUGUUGAAGGCAUGGAAAGUGGAGAAGGUCUGGAAGAAAUUGCAAAAGAAAAAGAGAAGCUGAAAAAGGCCAAAAAUAUUCAUAUCAAAGAAGAAAUUUUUGAGACCUCUGAAGAAAAAAUAAAUUGUUUAAAUGCGACACAUUGUAAUCCAAAAGAGGAUCUCAAAGAGAAGGAUAGCACAAAUCUCUUCCUGCAGAAGCCUGGCUCUUUCUCAAAGCUAAGCAAACUUUUAGAAGUAGCAAAAAUGCCUCCUGAGUCGGAUAUUCUGGCCCCUAAAGCCAAUGGCAGCGCAGCAAAUGGGUGCUCAUUGUCCUAUCAGAAUAGCUCUAAAACCUCACUGUGUAGCCACCAGGCCACUUCAUCACAAAGCAGCAGUGAACGAUCUGAUCCAAAUCAUCUUUUUAAUCCUGUGGCGACAGGGCCAGGGAAAUUUUAUAGUUCUCCAUUAAUUUCAAAUGACCAGCUGUUAAAGACUCUUACAGAAAAGAGCAGGCAGUGGUUCAGCCUGUUACCCAGAACUCCUUGUGAUGACACAUCGGUUACCCACCUAGAUUCACCAGCUGCUGCUGCUGCUACCACUACUUCUUCAUCCCUCACUCCAUAUUCUCAUCCUCCAUCCAAAUCACCCUCACCUGUUCCAUCUCCACUUAUUGGUUCAGCCUCUUCACCAAGCCCAAUAGGAUUAAGUCCAUUUGCCUUGUCACCACUUCAGCAGAUGAAGACAGGAUUGCCUGUAAUGGGACUUCAGUUCUGUGGAUGGCCUACUGGUGUUAUCAAUUCAAAUCAUCCAUUUUCAUCUCCAUUGCCUGGUAUGGGGUCUGGCCUAGGACUGUCAGAGGGCAAUGGUAGUUCUUUCUUGACACCCAGUGUUCCCACAAGCAAAAGCGAGUCACCUGUGCCACAGAUUGAGAAGCAAACUUCUGUACCAUCUUCAGUUCUUGUGGAAGUAGCCAAACCAGCUGAUUAUCCUAGUCCAAAGCCUAUCCCAGAAGAAAUGCAGUUUGGCUGGUGGAGAAUUAUUGACCCAGAGGACCUAAAAGCUUUGGUUAAAGUGUUGCAUCUCAGGGGAAUUAGAGAAAAGGCCUUACAGAAGCAAAUUCAAAAACAUAUGGAUUAUAUUACUCUCGCUUGCCUCAAGAAUAAAGAUGCUGCAAUUAUUGAAGUAAAUGAAAAUGAUGAAAACCAAGUAACACGAGAUAUUGUAGAAAAUUGGUCCAUAGAAGAGCAAGCCAUGGAUACAGAUAUUGCUAUUCUUCAACAGGUAGAGGAUUUAGAGAGAAGAGUGGCAUCAGCUAGUUUGCAGAUCAAGGGUUGGAUGUGCCCCGAACCAGCAUCGGAAAGGGAAGACUUGGUAUAUUAUGAGCAUAAAUCAAUCACUCCAUUGCACAAGAAGCGUGAUGGUGAUUGUGUUGGUGGAGAAGAAGGCAGUAGAAGUACUCUAGAACGGAAGAGUGACAACCCUCUAGAUAUAGCUGUAACCAGACUUGCUGACUUGGAGCGGAACAUAGAGCGAAGGUAUCUGAAGAGCCCCUUAAGUACCACCAUUCAGAUCAAACUGGAUAAUGUGGGCACAGUUACUGUCCCUGCUCCUGCACCAUCCGUUAGUGGUGAUGGUGACGGAAUGGAAGAGGAUAUUGCUCCAGGGCUAAGGGUAUGGAGAAGGGCAUUGUCAGAAGCUCGCAGUGCUGCACAGGUAGCUCUGUGCAUUCAGCAGUUACAGAAAACAAUAGCAUGGGAAAAAUCUAUUAUGAAAGUUUACUGCCAAAUAUGUCGAAAAGGAGAUAAUGAGGAACUACUGCUUCUCUGUGAUGGCUGUGAUAAAGGCUGCCAUACAUACUGCCAUCGGCCCAAGAUCAGUACUAUUCCAGAUGGUGACUGGUUUUGUCCUGCCUGCAUAGCAAAGGCAAGUGGUCAAACUUUAAAAGUUAAAAAAAAUCAAAUAAAAGGGAAGAAAAGUAAUGAACACAAGAAAAGCAAGAAAUUCCCUCCACUGGUAGAGAUGGAAGAUGAGGACUCAGCAUCUGUAAGCAGCUCUGUUAAAAGGGGAAAAACGGAGGCCAAAAAGAGAAAAAUUGAAGACGGCAUUUCUGUCAGUCCAUCAAAACAGGAAAGUGUCUCCCCUGUGAAGAAAAUGAAACGUGAUGAAUCUAAGGACUUGGCUUUAUGCAGUGUGCUCCUGUCUGAAUUGGAAACUCAUGAAGAUGCCUGGCCUUUCCUCCUUCCUGUAAAUUUGAAACAUGUUCCUGGUUAUAGGAAAGUUAUUAAAAAACCUAUGGAUUUUUCUACAAUUCGAGAGAAGCUGAAUAAUGGACAGUAUCCUAAUCUUGAAGCUUUUGCUAUAGAUGUCAGGCUUGUGUUUGACAACUGUGAAACAUUUAAUGAAGAUGAUUCUGACAUUGGUCGGGCUGGCCACAACAUGAGAAAACAUUUUGAAAAAAAAUGGACAGAGAUUUUCAAAGUGAGCUGAAGUAAUUACAGUCUAACAUGUUUUCUUUUCUUAAAUGAGGACAAAUAAGACCAGCAAUGUGAAGUGUAUUUACAUUAAAGUACAAGGCACAUGCAUAACUAAUGACUGUUUUAUUUUUCCUUAAGGGAUCACGGGGAGUAGUGCUAAUUCUUAAGGUUUCUCUCCUUCAGCAACCAUGGCCCUUGGUUCUUGGUUUGUGUGUUUUAUCAAACUAUUUUAGGUAGAACAGGGAAGCACACCCAAAGAAUUUAAAUGUAAGGGGUGUCAUAGUGCAAUAGCAAUUUAAAAUAUAUCAAAACGCACUGAAUAUUCAACCACCAGAGCUCUAGUUGGGGAAAAAAGUUGUAUUUCCCCUUUCAAUAAAUAUCUAUUUUUCAUUUUUUUUUACUUUGUAGUUUAUUUUUAGUAAAUGUAUUUAAUUUUAUGAAUUAUUUAUGAUUAAAUAGCAUCCAGACUCUUCGUUUUCUGUGAAAAGGAAGAAUUAAAAAAAUAAAAUAAAAUAAAAUUGCUUUAAAUGUUGAAAAAUACAACAAGGAAUGUUUUAAAAUUAAAAAAAAACAAAACAAAACAAAGCCAAGUAAAACUGUUUACACUGAUGUGCUGUAAAAAGCACGAAAAAUUAAACUUUACUGUAGAGUUACAAGUACAUUUAUAUAUAUGUUGCUGCAUCACUUGUGUAGUUAAAUUGUAUUUCAAAACAGUGAAGAAAAAAUGAAACAUAUGUAUAUACUGUUCAUUAUUGUUUAUAUUAAGUCUUGUUUUAAAUAUGUAUGAUGUGUACAUAUUGUUUGCAGACAUUAUUGUUUAUGCCUUAGAAAGGACUGUAGCAUUUUAUUUUAGUUUAAAGGUAAUUACAGCUAUAUGGCUUGUACAGUAAGUAUCCUCUACCAACACUGUGGAGUCUCCUUAAUCUUUGUAGUGCCUGCCUUUAAAACAGGGUGUAGGGGAUAUUAGUUUUCCAUUUUUCUAUUUUGUUAUAUAAUUUCAAGCCACCAGGGCCUCAAAUUUGAGUAUAAUCAUUUGUAUCCAUGUGGAAUAAAAAUGUGACAAUUUCUUACGCACACAGUAUUUUUUCAUAAAAACAUUUCCCUCCAUUUGCCUUGCCACAGAAACAACAAAAAAGAAAAAAGAAAAAAAAUUUGUAACCACUGUGUUUUAUCUACUGUGUGUUGUGGUGGCCUGUUGGAGGCAGAUAGAUCAGACUUUUUUUUGUACCUAUGUAAGAGUACUUGAAGUUUCAUUUAAAACAAAAUGUUGUGGAAAAGGUAGCAUUCUUUUUUUUUAGGAGUGUUAUUUUUCACUAGUAUGUGUGGCACGGAUACAAUAAAAGACUGUUUUGCAAACCA